GUCGCCGUGUCGCGCGUGUGCUGACCAUCGUCAAAAUAAUUGAAGGUCACGUCCUUGCGCCGUGACGAAAUCUGGCACUGUGACCGCCCCUCAACGCGUUUACGCCUCUUUUUUUUUCUAUGUAUUUUCUCGCUUGAUAUCAUUCAUGUGUGCGCGCACUGACAAUAUUGCCAUUGAUUUUGCUGCACUUUUGUAAACAAUCAUCGCCACACAAUCCGUUUCAACACCCACCAGGUCCCCGUCCCUCCUCGGGCGCGUUUCUUGCCGCCACGUCCACUGCCUACAUAGCCCCGCGCAACGCCCAAUUCUAAACACAGCACCCAUGGCGCCGACGCGCCGGAGCCGUGCGGCAGCCGCGGCAGCGGCCAAGGCUGCUGUCGUGGAGGAGGAGCACGAGGAGGAACAGGAAGUCCAGGAGGAAGAGGAGGAACAACCACAAAAUGAGCAAGAGGAUGAAGAUGAUGGAGACGACCCGGAGGAGGAGCUCGCGACACUCCAGUUCGACCAGACCCUGACAUGGAGAGCUGGCAAGCCAAUAUCAACUGGCGAGCUACAUCGGCGUCUGGAUGCGCUUUCCAAAGAGCUCAGCGAGCUGGACCAGGACUUGACCGACAAGAAUUCGUUGACCAAAGUUGCCAAGGAGCUCGUGUCCCACAACCUUCUCACUCACAAGGAUAAGGGAGUCAAGGCAUUCGUUGCAUGCUGCCUUGUCGACAUACUGCGCAUUUGCGCUCCCAAUGCGCCGUUCACGCCCUCACAGCUCAAGGACGUCUUUAGUCUCUUCAUAAUGCAUACCCUACCCGCCCUCCAGGAUCCCAGUAACACAUACCACACCCAGCACAAAUAUGUUCUCAGCUCCCUAGCCGAGGUUCAGAGCAUCGUGCUGCUCAACGACAUCGACAACAACGAGGGGCUGCUUCUCCACCUCUUUUCCUGUUUCUUCGAUGCGGUGUCUGGGCCAAAGUCAGGAUCCGGCGAACGUAUAUCCAAGGACGUCGAGCUGCACAUGGUCGAGCUUUUGGUCACCGUGAUUGACGAGAGCGCAAGCUUGCCCGGCAAAGUGGUGGAUGUAAUCAUGGCACAGUUCUUGAGGGCUGCCGCUCCAGGUGGACCCAGGGACAAGGGUGACGUGGAUGAGAGCCAGUCAACUCUCCUGCUGAAAACUGAACCGGAAGCAUACCAGAUGGCAAAGCAGGUGUGCAACAGCUGUCCUGACAAGAUGGCCCGAUUUGUGACACAGUACUUCAGCGACGUCGUCAUGGAUGUCACCAACGUUGGAGGCAGCAGGCAAAGAGGAGGUGACGAUUCCGAAGAUGAGCAUAUGACCAGUGGGCCUACAGAAUCCGACCUGAAGGAGCUCAGGAAAGCUCACCAGCUGCUCAGGGAGCUCUGGAGGGCAUGCCCUACAAUACUUUCCAACGUUAUCGCGCAUGUAAACGUGGAACUGGACGCAGAUAUCAUACCAGUUCGCCAGCUGGCAACUGAGACCCUUGGUGAUAUGAUCUCCGGGAUUGGAGCUGCAGGGCCACCCCCUCCGCAAACCAUAGACCCGGCGGCAUACCCACCGCCGAGUCUCGGUGACGAGUCUGUCUCACAACCCACAUCAAACGUCCUCACAACGCCAUAUUCCCCCCUGUCUUUUGCUCAGACGCACCCUUUGAUAUACCACAACUUCGUCAACAGAAAACAGGACAAGUCUGCUGCCAUCCGCGCGGCGUGGACAACGGCAGUCGGUUACAUUCUAGCGACAUCUGCAGGUGGAGUGGGCCUGAGCCGGGAUGAAGAAGCUGUUCUGAUCAAGGGCCUGGAAGAAAAGCUGAACGACAGCGAUGAAAGAGUCCGACUUGCUGGUGUCAAGGCAGUCGAGUGCUUCAGCUUCCGCGAUAUCGUUACCAAACUUGCACCGAAAGGGGGAGUAGACCAAAAGGGAUCCGUUCUUUGUGCGUUGGCAGAUCGAAUUCGUGACCGCAAGCAUCCUAUCCGAGUUGAAGCUAUGGUGCUUCUCGGGAAGCUCUGGGCCGCAAGCACUGGGGAGCUUGUCUCAAAUAUGGAAGCCGUUGCUCCUUUAGCGGGUAUUCCGAACAAGGUUUUCAAUACCAUGUACGCGAAUGACCCGGAAUUGAACCUUCUCAGGGAACGGGUCAGGUUCGAGUACCUUGUCCCACUCACUUUCCCGCACCAGCCAAAGAAGUCAUCCAAGUCAGCCAACGGAGGAUCACAAUCACAGGGGAGUUCCUCGACACCUUUUGACGCGGAUGCCAUCAGGGCGCACAGGAUCCUGCUCCUGGCCAACUCCCUCGAUUCGGUGAACAAGAAGGCUUUCUUCGCCUUGUCGAACCGUCAGCCGCAGUUUGCCGACAAGACUGAGAAGUUCCUCAAGGUCUGUGAGCUGAACAACGGAGGCGAAGCGAGUGGAGCAGAUGGGAAAAGGGCGGCAGAAACACUUAAUAGUCUCAUUACGUACCUGGCCCAGUUCUAUCCUGACCAACUGAAGGUUCGGCAGGAUCUGGGCAAGUUCGCAAAAGCCAACGACCGCCGUGCUUACCAGCUGAUACGCUACGUCAUCAGCCAUGAGUCUGACUACAAGACGAUGCACAGGGCUUUGAGGGAGUUGGUAAAGCGCCAACAGUCCCAGAACCCCGCUGUCUUGGACUCUCUUUUGCCUCUGCUUUACUGGUCUGGUUCUAUCACCUUCAACAAGAGCCAUUUGUCCACAUUUCUCGAGUACUCCAAGACGAACCAGGAUGGACUUGCAGGGAUCGCGCACGAGAUUCUCAACGAGAUCUCGCAAAAGAACCCUACUUUGUUCAAGACUCACAUCGGAUCCCUAUGCAAGGACCUGCAGGACGAGGCACCUGGCGCAAACAAGGCCAAUGAUCCCAUCAUGGUCGAGACCCUCAAAGCAUGCGCAUCUUUCGCGAGCAAAUACCCUCAAGAGAUCCCCAACGAUAAAAAGUUUAGGCAUACGCUUGCAAACUACGCCAUGUACGGCAAACCGCCAAAGGCAGCCAAGUAUGCCAUCAACGUCCUCAUGGCACGCAAAGAUCACGACAGCGAGGUUGCCGCGACGGACUUGCUCCAGAAGGUGAUGAAGGAUUUUAAGAGUGGUUCUCCGCACUUCUUGAACAAGCUUGCCACUAUCUGCCAGCUUGAGCUUCUUGCGCCCAAGGUGACUGAGGAUUUCGAAGACGAGAUCCUUCACACCAUUCACGACACGCUUCGUGAGGUUCACAAGGAUGCGAGUGAUAGUGACCCUGAGUGGGUGGAAUAUGCAGAGCUGGACGAGGAAGGUCAGGCCAAGUGCUUUGCGCUAAAGACAUUUGCCAAUCGUCUGCGUGCAAUCACUGACCGCGAGGAAGCAAAAACGAGCGGCGACAAGGUAAUCAAGCUUCUAAGGACGUUCGUGACGAAUGAAGGGGAGUUUUGCAAAACCAAGGACACCCCGUUGCACCACAAGAAGCGUCUUAGACUCCUGGCCGCACAGUUGCUGCUCAAAUUGUGCAGGCAAUUCGACGAGCUGCUGUCGCCAGAUGAUUUCAAUCGAUUGGCAGAGGUUGCCCAAGAUGGCCAACGGAACGUGCGGCACGGCUUUAUUGCGAAGCUGCAGAAGUACCUUGCGCUUGGCCAGCUGCGGCCGCGGUGGUAUACAGUUGCUUUCUUGACUGUGUACGAACCGGAUGAGGAUUUUAGACAGAACGUGGAGACCUGGAUUCGAUCAAGAUCUCGUCAUUUCCGCGAGACCAACUCGCCGCUCAUGGAAAGCACGUUGCCUCGCCUCAUCCACCUUUUGGCACACCACCCCGACUUUGACCACGAUACAGACAGCCUGGUCAGCCAUGCUCGAUACAUUCUCUUCUACGUCAGCAAUGUGGCGAGCGAGUCCAACCUGGGCAUGCUAUUCAAGUAUGCCGAACGGACCAAGCAAACACAGGACGCUCUGGACACGGAAAAGAGCGAAAAUGUUUAUACACUUUGCGAUGUCGCCCUGGCGGUGCUCAGAAAAUGGCAAGAGAAGCGAGGAUGGACGCUCGAGGCUUACUCAAACAAGGUCGGCCUGCCAGUUGGGCUGUUUCUUCCCCUGCAGUCACAUGAUAUUGCGCAGAGCAUUGCAAGCAAGCAGUACAUAUCCGAAGAGGUCGAGGACAAACUUGACGACAUGAUCAGGGCGGUUGAUCGCAAAAAGAAACGGAAAUAUGACGAUCGGUCGGAGCAGCAGAGCACAGCCAAGAAGGCUAGGUCUCAAGUCAAGUCCAAUCCUCGCGAGAGCAAGCCCAAAACGCCUCGACCUUCUGCAAGGAAACCGGCCGCAUCCAGGAGCAAGUCAGCAGCGAAGAGCAGAAAGACACAGGCGGCGUCAUCAUCGCCGAUACCGGAGCACGAACGUCGGCGUAGUGGACGUGUGCCUCGCAACACUGCUUCGACGUACAUUGAAAGGCAUUCGUCGGAAGACGAGGAGGAGAUGCUUGACGGCGUGGCGGAGUGGAAGUACAGUUCUGACGAGGAGGAUGACGAUGGCGACGAUAGCGAAGCAAGCUCAGCCUCGAAGAACUCUGGACACGCUGCUGCCACGACCGCCGACGAUAAAGCUCGCAACCCCUCCGAGUCUUCGCUCAGCUCUCCAGAGCCUAUGGAUGAGGACCCAGUCGAGGAAGAUGAGGGAGCCGAUGCUGAUUCGGAAGAGCAAAACGGGGAGGAAGAGGAAGAGGAGGAGACACAAAAACGGCCGUCGCGGUCCACCAGGACCAACGGAAGGAAAGCGGCAAGCGCAGCGACGAGCACGCCCAAGGCGACUGGCGUGACCAAGAAAAAGGCCCCUGCCGAGAUGAAGUCGAGCCUUGCGACGCGUACCAAGCCAAGGUCGACUAGGAGGACGAGAACAUCACACGACAGGGAUGACGAUGACGAUUGAGCGUCUGUCUGACUCUUUUUUUUUUUUUUUUUUUUUUUUGCUGGCGGUUCACGUGCAUCUGUUUUUUCAUAGCCCACAUGUUUGUCUUUGUAUGAUUGUUUGUUAGCUGGAUAAAAAGAAGUGGUGUUUAAAGGAACCCAGCGUGUCCCAUUGUGUUUACCGGCCAUUUUGAUACUUGACCAUCUACCAGCCUACCUUGCCUAGUAAUAACUUUUGGGAAUGUGCGGAGCUGAUGAUGGGAGUCCGGGUAUGGCGUAAUGCGUAUAAUGAGAAAAGAACCAAACUAGUUUUUAGUAAUGUC